AUGUCCCUCACCGACGACACCACCGAGCUCGAGAGUGGUGCGCUGGUGGAGAAUAACAAGACGCAUGCACACAACAUCGUCAAGACGCUGUACUCAGACGUCGCGACACCGCAUCCUGACGUCGACCUCGUUUACAAAUACGGCGCCAUCACUGCCGCAGGCUACUUUGCCCUUGGGGGUGGUGACACUAAGAUUAUCAACUUCGUUGAUAGAUGCGAGGCCGCCAACAAUGACAAGACGUUCGCCAACGGUGUCAAAUGUGCCGUCAGCGGAGCGGCCGCCGUUGGCGCCCAUGUUUUCGCAUUUCUGGCGGGUGCAGCGUACGGUACUGGGUCGAUUGCCUACAUUGCUGGUGUGGCCAGACAAGUCACUGGCGCCGGAGGCCUCAACCCAGGCAAUGACCAAAAUCCCGGGAAGCGAGACCUUCUUGAGAUCUCGGGGCGAGCAAGCUGCCCAACAGCGUUUCCUAUCACCACGGACAGUUACUGGCCAGGUGGGACCGCUGGUGUGAAGUUGAGUGCCGAGAUCGAUUGCACGCAAUUCUCUCAAGAUGAGGCGACCAUUAUGAGCAUUCUCACUGGGCAGGUGGCUCAGGGGAUGGUCGAUGGCAAUGCCUGGCAAGCCCAGGUCACUUAUUACACUAAUCGAAACAAUAAAAACGUUGUACUGUAA